UGCCAUUCUGAGCCUGUCAACAGAACACAUGUCUCCUCCGCGUUGCUGUUGAAACUCAAUUAUGCCAAAGCUUUGUGGUUUAAAGUUUCCCACAGACUGUGCGUCUCUUCCGGAAGGCUUCUGGUCAGCUGUGGGCGUGUGGGUAAAGAAACCUCAUGUUGUGAACAAGCGUCUUUGCGGCGUUACAGUGACGCAUAGUAAAGAAGCGGGUAAUGUGCCGAGCCUGCUGCUCCUGGAGGACGCUCCUGCUCCUGGGCUGUCUCCCCAGGUGUUGUCCUUCCUGACCAGUGAGGUCUCACUCACACGGACACACGAGCAUCCCAAACCCUACUCUUCUAAUGUCAGGACGUUUGUUCCCAAAGUGAACAGUUAUGGGACAAGUCUGCAGAAAGAAGUUGUCGUCAGAGACUUUAUCAGACAACAGGCGACCUUUAUUCCCAUGGAAGAGGAUGCAGAUGGACGAGUAUCUCUAAAGGAGGACAAUGUUUAUCAGAUUCAGCUCUGCAAUGAGGACUGUGAGGGAUGGUCCCUGGAGUUGCAUGUCUUGUCGCCAGACACGUGGUUCUCUGAUGGUGUGGUGUACCCCAAGCUGCGAUGGCUGACCUCUGAUCUGCUGCCUAAACUGUUGCGUUGGGCCACCGAGUGCAAGAGCAGCGAGUUCAAGAGCACACUGUCGCUGCUGCCGGUGGAAAAGUACAGCCUUGUGUACCAGCAGCUGAAAGACAAGUACAAGGCCAUGGUGAAGGUUUGGCCCGAGGUGACGGAUCCUGAGAAGUUUGUCUACGAGGAUGUUGCCAUCGCCACAUAUCUCCUGGUGCUGUGGGCCCAGGAGCGAGAGGAGAAAGGUCUCGCGGGCAGACAGUCUUUUGUGGACCUUGGCUGUGGGAAUGGUCUCCUGGUUCACAUACUGUCCAGUGAAGGACACCCGGGCAAGGGCAUCGACGUUCGGAGGAGGAAGAUCUGGGACAUGUAUGGCAGCCACACCCUGUUGGAGGAAAAGGCAAUUACUCCCAGUGAGAGCUGCUUAUUCCCGGGUACAGACUGGCUGAUUGGGAACCACUCGGAUGAGCUCACACCAUGGAUCCCCAUUAUAGCAGCCAGGUCGUGUUACUCCUGCCGCUACUUUGUCCUCCCCUGCUGUUUCUUUGACUUCUAUGGAAAGUACCAGAGACGCCAGUGUAAGAAGUCUCAGUAUAAAGAGUACAUCGAUUUCAUCACUGAGGUCAGCCAAGUCAGUGGCUUCAACACGGAAGAGGACUGUCUGAGAAUACCGUCGACUAAACGGGUGUGUUUGGUUGGAAAGUCGAGAAACUACCAGCUAUCCGACGAGGCAGAGGCAGAGCAAAGAAGGGCUCAUUAUAUUCAGAGCAGGCAGAUCACACCUGGGGUCACAGUCCAAAGGUCAGACUUCAAGAAUGAUGGGGGCUGUUGCCAUGGGAACAAAGACGGCGACAUUACCUGCGGGAGCAGCUGGGGUGCCGGGUUCCAGCCCCGGGACAGGGUUGAAACGGUUAGAAACUGCGCCACUCUCCCCCGGGACAUUGUUGACGGUGUUGUCCUGCGGGUCGCUAACGUUCUUCUGGGAAUGACAGUGGAUGGCGGCAGGGGAUGCUCCACUGACUGGAACCAAGGAGGCAGCCUCUCUGUUAGCGAGGUCGCCGGGCUGUUGGAGCAGGAAACACUGCAGCUUCUGAAGAAGGAGUGCGGAGGCCUUCAGACGCUGCUCAAGAACAACCAUCAGGUGUUCAGAGUGGAAGGAGGGAGGGUGUAUAUAAGGGACUGGCGGGACAGGAAGUCUGUCAGGGUGGACACAAAGAGGAAACCUGUUGCUCCUGGUGCCCUCAAAACCCGCUCCUGCUGGUUUCACUCCCACCACCCUCAGGGCUGCCCUCUGCAGGCCGAACACUGUGCUUUUGCUCAUGGACCUGACGACCUCCGUCCCUCAACCAGACCUCAGAAGAGGAUAAAGAAUGAACACUUGAGUUGAAUUUCUUUCUUUAUUUUUCCCUCAAUUUAUUUUGAAAUGGUUCCCAACAAAUGACAAGAAAUAUGAUUUAAAACAACAAAAAAUACUGAUGAGUAAGUGAAGUGUUUUCAUACUCUGUACAUCAUAGGAUGAUCCAACCAGCUGGGAAUACUCCCGCAGCCAUUUUGGGUCUGAACAGUGUAAGUUUGAUGCAAUGUUGCAUCAUUUCUGAGAAAUGAAAUAUCACAGUGUCCUCAUCUUUCUGUGUGAAGCUGCCAAAAUGUGACGCUUCCUGAUGCUGCUUCAGGUUUCACUGCAGGGGUUUGCUGGCACUUCUCCUGAAAUUGAAUUUCAAAGGAUUGUGUUGUGGCUUUUUACUUAUUUAAGAAGUGGACUUUUAGAAAGUUGUAGUCCUCUGUUAUCUACACAAAGUGGAUGCUGCUUGUCAUGGAUUUUAUAGAGAAGGCGUUCACAGACGAGGCAGUGGAUGAAGUCCAAGCAGCGUUUGAACAAAGUAAAUGUUAGCAUUAUGAAUUAUUUGUUGGCAGGAGUUGAGGGGUGAGCUGCGUGUCAUUCCUCUCACUGCUGUGUGCCAUCAGCCUGUGACUCAAAUGUCAGCGACAGUAAGGCCCACCCAGGGACUGCAGUGGGGCGAUGAGAGAGAAGAGCGUCCUCAGGGGUUUGUUUUAUUUGUGUGACAGUCAAUAAUCAGACCGCUGAUGCCAUGAGCCAUGAGGAUGGACACGUCUUUGUUCAAUUCUGCACAUAGGCAAACCCUUUGUCGUAUCAUUUUCCAUUUCAUAUGCAGGUUGCUUCAUCACUUAACAUGUGUGUACUGUUUUUUGAGUCCACAGCAAAUUUGUCAUUUGGACAAUAAAGUCUAUCUUAUCUUAUA